AUGAAGACAAGGAUAAGGAUUGAGAAGAGUAGUAUUUUGAAAAUGAAUGCAAUGAUAGCUGAUGGACAAGUUACAAAGGUUGAUUAUAUAAAAGUGCAGAGUGAGAACGAUCUUUUUGGGUACGAUAGUUACACGUACUUAACUUGGGAUGAUUUUGAAGCACUUCUUACAAUGGAUGAGCUGACUGGUGCUAUCAUUGUGUCUUAUAUGAUAAGACAUUGGGUAUUGGUUGUACUAGACAUGAAAUCGGAUACUUGCUAUUAUCUUGAUUCCUUGAGUUCUGGCAAUUUCAAUAUGCAGUUGAAGCAAAUUGUGGAUUCGGAAAUGGUUCUGUACACUACACAAAGUGGAUCCAACAAUCGAGUUAAACUAAAUUUGUGUCCAGUUCAACCCGGAUCUACCGAAUGUGGCUACUACAUGCUAAGGUUCAUGAAGGAGAUAGUGGAAAAACAAAUUGAAGUGUUGGUCAAUGAUAAUAUCAGGGAUGGAAAAGUUGAGUACACAACCGAUGAUAUCGAUAAGAUACGUGAAGAAUGUUCAGAGUUUGUUAUGGGAUUCAUUUAUCGAUGA